UUGAAAAUCUGCUGAAUAAUUCAUGAAGAGUGGAAGGGCUGAAUCUUCCUGGAAUGAUAUACACUGUACGUACUGUGGCACAGGAGAAACUGCAAAGCUUUGUAUCAGUUGCUGCCGUUUCUGCUGCCGAUUGCAAGGUGCUGCUGCUUUUGCUGUUUUCACAGCUACAGAAACCUCAGUCGUGCUCUGGUGUGCCAACAGCCAUCUGCCUCCCUAUGGACCCACCUUCACCAGCUACAAUCUGUGGACUCUCUUGCUGCCUACCUGCCUUGGACAUUGCUGGUUUUUGGAUCCUUACUGCAAACAGCAUUUUCUGGACCUUACAGCUUGUAUGACUGAAACCUGCCUUAGAGUCCUUCAGCUGCACAGCCUCCCGUGUGCUUGGUGAGGACUCCUGCAGCAGAACUUCUGACCCAGACGAGGAUGGGAUUUACAGGGCAAAGUCAAAACUGAGCUGCAUUCAGCGAGAUGCCCAACGCCUCUUCCUGGAGUGCUAGCUCGCCUCUGCUGCUGCUCUGGGAGGACUCCUCUGGGACCCGCAUCUUUCUGUCGCUGCUCUACGCAGUCUUAGCUAUCUCAGGGACUUUAUCCAAUGUGAUGGUCAUCUAUUUAGUCUUCUCCUUCAAGAAGCUGCAGACAACCAGCAAUGCCUUCAUCGUGAACGGCUGUGCGGCUGACCUGAGCGUGUGCGCCCUGUGGAUGCCCCAGGAGGCUGUGCUGGGGCUGCUGCCCCCCAAUUCCUCCUCCCUUCGCUCGGCGGAGUACCGGCUGCUCCGGGGGGGGCUCCUGGGCCUCGGCCUCACCGUCUCCCUGGCCUCGCACCUGCUGGUGGCUUUCAACAGGUACGUGCUCAUCACCAAGCUGCCCAGCGUGUACCAGGCCCUCUACCAGCGGAGACACACGGGCUGCAUGAUCGGGCUCUCCUGGGCCCUCGCCCUGCUCCCGGUCCCGCUGCUGCCCGGGCUCUGGACCCUGGGCUCAGCCCAGUCGGACGGCAGCUCUCGCUACACCGCCCUGCUCCUCGCCCUGGCCGUGCUGGGCCAGACCGCGCUGCUGCUCCACUGCUACCUCGGCAUCGUGCGGCGGGUGCGGGGCAGCGCCAAGCGGGUCAGCGUCCUCAACUUCCACCUGCUGCACCAGCUGCCCUUCCCCGCCGCGCCGCCGCCGCCUCGCCGCGCCCAGCGCCGCCUCAGCAGCGUCUCCGUCCUGCUGCUCUGCUGCGUGUUCCUGCUGGGCACCCAGCCCCUGGUCUGGGUGAGCCUCCUGGGCUUCUUCCUGCGCCCGGCGCCGCCGGCGCUGCAGGCCGCCAGCUGGCUGCUGCUCUGCUCGCUCUCGGCCCUCAACCCGCUGCUCUACACGUGGCGCAGCGAGGAGUUCCGCCGGGCGGCCCGCUCUGUCCUGCCCCGCGGCGAGGGCCCGGCGGCCGCCCCACGCCCCGCGGCCGCCGCCGCGGGCCCCGCCGGUGCCCCGCCCUGCCCGCAGCUGCCGCGGCGCCGGGGCACGGGGAGCAGCGGCAGCGCCGCGGCCGCGCCGCGCUGAGGGCCCGGGGCAGCGCCGGGACCCCGACGGCCGCGCGCGGGAGCCCUCAGGCGCGACCCUUCAGGCCGCUCUGCCACCGCCGCCGGCGGCCGCCGCCCGUCGGGCAGCCGAGCCGAGCCGCGCCGGCCCCCGUCCCGGUAGCGCUUCUUCCUCUCCUGUUGCUCCUUUGCGACCCCACGCACUUCUUGCCAGCUCCCCCUUCCACCGCACGGCCAGGCAGCGCCGGUGCUUUCCCGAGGCACCGGGACGGACACUGGGGCGGGAUCUCCCGCCCGCCCCCUCAGCCCCGCUCCCAGCACGGAGCUGUCCGCCCUCAGGAGCCGGCCAGGACUCCAGCCAAAGCAGUGGAUUUAGGAAUCUGGGAUAACCGGUAAAUAUGGCAACGCACGUAACUGUUGUUAUGCUCUAAAGAUUUCAGUAUAAGGCAGGCACCUAGACAGCUCUUUCUGAGACAUAUGCAAGUUUGUUUUUAUAAAAUCGAUGUAAUUCUUUCAGCAUUUAAAGUAGUUCUUUGAAGUGAGCUCCCUGAACACAAGGUUCGUUUGUGAAGAGCUGGCAGGUGUCUCACUGCACACACAUGCACACAGACACCGGGAGCUGCUUCCUUUCCCCAGCUUACCUGAUCUCUGUGCUCCAUGCAAGACCCUCCUUCAGCUUUCUCUGGCAAACUUCAGGAUUAUACUCUCUGUGGAAACUGUUAAAAACGAAAACAUAUGCACCUUUGUGGUGAUCUGGUUUGGAUAUUUUGUUUUGAAAGCUUUUUAAGGCCUGUUUUAACAAAGGUCUCUGCCCAUGGGCACUCGAUAAAAUACAAUGCAAUAUGAAGGCUGGUGUUGUCCAUCUCACCUUGUCACCUGUUCAGUUACCAGUUUGUUGUAUUUCUCUUAAAUAUAUUAUUGCAGAAGUAUGAUUUCACAGCCUCUGCCAGAUACAAAAUAACAGAUUCUGUGUGGCAUUUGGAAAGGAGACAGCUCCUCACACCGAAACUGUGGUGGUGAGUGCUGCAGGCCCAUUCCUCCCUCUUACAAUCCUCGUAUUUCCUUCUCUGUUGCUUGAGUUCCUCCUUCCUCUUUUCCAAGCACUUGCUGUUGUUCUCAUGGUGAUGGCACUGCGUGCUGUGUUUGCCUUCUGGCACAAACGUCUGCAAGAAGGCAGUUGUUUUCUGAAUCCGUGGGCAUCCACAAGCAGUAUCACCUAAGUUGUGCUGUCUUGAGAAGAAUGGACCCAUGGGAAUGUGAGGAAACUUUGUCACAACAAGAGAUUGUUGCAUUAGGUGACACAAAUUUAGAGCUCUCAUGAGGAUAGUUUAAUGAUGGGAUAAUAACAAGGAAAAGACACAGGAUAGGUAAUAAAAUAAAAGGCCCUUUGGCCAUAUUUUAUAAUGGCCCAUGCACUUUGCUUGCUUUACCUGCUGAGUUUAAGUUUCCACAGAAAAUGCUUUAAGAGAAAGGAAAUAAUUUAUUUUUUCCCCCAAGACUAAGACCUGUUAGGUAUUUGUGAUACAAUGAUGUAUCUAAAAGUCCCAUACCAAUAUUUUGUUUCCUGCCAUAAAAAAUCUCCAUAAUCACAGAAGGGAUACUUGUUAAGGUCAGGAUUUGAAAAACACAAAGAAUGAAGCCUCAAAAGGAUUCUUUUUUUUUUUUUAAAUUAACAUUCAGAAAAUGUAUUAACAUCUUGAAAACAGUUUUAGCCACUUGCAAGCACCUCUAGGAAAGUAAAAUAAGUUUCCUUGAGUCUGAGUUUUACAGAAAGCUUCUUCCUUCAUAUUGGAAACAAUGUUCUUCUGAGUGAUGGCACCAGAAAGAUACAGAGGGCCAGCAAGGAGAUAUUGAACAUGUAAGAUAUGCAAGGUUGAUUUUAUUAACACUGUGCACAUAUCUUGGAGAGUGAAGGAGCCACUAUAUCCUUGUUGUAAUAUCUCAUCCUAAUCACAGUGGCUGUGCUUUAGCUGUCUUUGUGUAGCAAAUGGAGAAGGAAAACUGCUUCGACCUCAUCCAUCCCAAUACUGGAAAAUAUGCUGGUUCACUUCCAAAAUAAAGUUCAACCAAGGGCCACCCGAGGGUAAGACCCUGUUCAGCUACAAAAUAAUCCUUAGGCUGGAAGCCACAGAAGAAUGCAUAUUGCAUCUCCCACCAUGGCUAAAGGAACUCAAGACACUUGGUAAAGCUCAUUACUGCGCCCAUAAGCAAAAAAAAAAAAAAUCAAACUCUAAAAUAAAAAAUUAGACAAUGCCUCUCCCCUGUUUUGGGCUAUGGAACAUGUUAGUCUGGAAUUAAAGCAAUAACAUUUUUGCAAAUUCAAUGUCCAAACCAUCAGACAACUGGAACUUCUGGUCUUCUUCCCUUGUAAAAUAGCAUGCAAGUUAAAUCUGAAAUGCCUGUAUUUUAUAUAGACCACGUUUAAAAUGCAAACAUGUAUGAAAAUGCUAUGAUGUACAAAACUCUAGACAGCUAUCCUUAUGCUAUGCAUCAAUUCCAGAAAACACCUGGAAAUCCCUUGGAAAGUUUGAUGUAAUUGCAUCUGACUGUAAAUCUUUGACUGUUUUAAUAUACUCAGGUGACCUAAAUAACAUUACGCAGAAAAAAAUAAUUUAAAGUAAUUAAGAAAGAGUUUUUGUUUCAAGAUCAGUUUCUCUGAGAAAUUACUGCUCUGAAAAGUCCUGUAUGCCUUGUUCUACAGCCAUAAUCUUUGUAUUUCCACCUUGUAAAUACUCCAUGGUAAAUUUCAAUGGAAGCUCAGCUUGGCUCAAGUUCUGGCUCUGUGGCACUGCUUCUUGGUUAAGGAAAUGGAUUUCAUUCUCACUUUCUGUCAUUCUAUGCUUUAAUUUACAGAUGAUUUAUAUGUGUCCUCUGCUAGUUUAGUGGUGACUUUUCUUCAAUGUGAAUUUCUGUCAUGCUCAAACAACUAAUUUACAGACACAAGGGAUAUGUUGCCAAUUGUCCUUUAAAAUGUCUCAACCAACCACUCUUUCAAGAGGUGUAAAUGAAGAUGAUGGAAAAUCCUGUCAGCAAUUCAAAUGAGGUUUGCUUGAACUGAGUUGCUCCUUUGCUCUGGUGUUGUGCCAAGGAAGUUGUCUGAGCAUGGCCUGAAGCUGCCCUUCCUAGACCGGCUGGCAUUGACACGUGUUAGCUGGCUUCAUGUGCUUUAGAUGGGAGGUGAGAGCUCAUUAAAGCACUGAAUUUAUGAUGCAGCAGUGAUACAGUAGUGCAGAUCAGCCACGAUGUUCACCUGCAAUAGUUGCCUUUUCCUUUGCUAUUUUCUCAGGGCUUCUGGAAACAAGAACAGGUAGGAGUUAGUAACAGCCUGGAUGAAUUGUAGUCAGUUGCACUUGAUGUGCUUGAAAAGUGCCAAUUGGUGUAUUAUGGCCCAAAUAAAUCUGCCACUCAGUUUGUGAAUUGCCCAUGCAGAAAUACAUGUGGGACCUGCUUUUUGAAAGUAAAAUUGUCAUGCCUCAAAGUAAUGCCCUGAGGCAUGGGUUAUUUGUGAAAAUUGCUUGUAGAGGGUGUUGCUGAAGUUGGAGUUUGGAUUCAAUCUUUUGAAGUUACCCUUAAUUCAAAAUAGUUAUAAAAAGCCGUAGAGCUGCUUUGUGGAAUUAGGUACCUACAGCAAUAUGAGUCUCCACCAAAACUGGGCAAUCACUGUCCUCAAAAUAGGUGUGUAAAAAAGUACAGGCAGCAUGGUGAAGCUGGGAAAUUAUGACAAGGGGAGAUGAAGAAGGCAGGGCAGGGGCACUAACAGUUUGAUCCUGAGAAACAACACAGAAAAAAAUCUGAAAGCCAGAAGAGGCCUGGGAUUAUGAUAAAAGUGACCAUCUCAGAUUCUUUGAUUCUUUGUAUGUGAGGAAAUACAAUUCUAUGCUUUUCUUAAUAAAUAAAAACAUGCACUUGUAUUCUCAAUUUCUUCUUUUAACAAAGCAUUCCGUACACCAGCAAAUUUUCUUUAAACUCUGAAAUCAAAAAAGGUAUGAGUUGCAUCAGCAGUCUUGUGGAGACUGCAUUCAGCAGCAGUGCUGGACUGACAAGCAGAGAUAACAUCUUAGCUAACCUCCAGAUUCAGUCAGCCAUAAGCACAUUGUGAACCUUUUUUUCCUAACUACCAAGUUGAUGCUAUUUUUAAAAAAACCCACAUACAGAUUAUUUUCAAAUGAAGACAUUUAAGUGUAGCAUUUCAUUAAAGAAAAAAGUGACAACAUAUACUUUAGCUUUCUAUUUAAUCUUAAAUCACAUAACCAGAUUAUUGCAAUAUUCUUUAAAUUCAGAAGUCCCUUUCUCAAAUGGCAGCGAAAAUAGCUUUUCUCGUGACUGUUUAACUUCUAAGAAAGCUACUUUUUUUUGCUCUUUUAUGUCAAUCCUUCCCAUGCACUGUCAUCAUUUUACCAGGGUAAUAGUCUAUUUUCUUUCCUUCUCCUUCCCUUUCUUCAGUAUCUUGUCUAAUUUUCUUCACUAAGGGAAAAGUUCUUGAUUCUGCUGAUCAGGGCACAACUCCUUGAGCAGGGUAAGUUUUGGGACACAGCUGUAAACUAAGACUAAAGAAGUGAUGGACAAAUCCCACAUACUUAAAUUACUAUUUAGAGUAAGUAGGUAUUGAAGUUGGGCUUUUACUGUGCAGAACACUGGACACAUUUUUUUCUAUAUUUACAGAUAUUUGCACUUGAGUAAGGUUGUUAAAAAAGGGUAAUAUGAAAAAAAAUCAAAAGUAGUUUGAAGGCUGGAGAAAAAACCUUUUUGGCUGAAGAGUUCAAUCAUAGUAACUUAAAAGUGACAUCAUUACAGAGUAAGCACAUUUAUGCAGGUAUUCAAACCAAUCUGUUACCAUACAUGGUGAUCUAAUGAUCUCUUCUGGUGUGGAAAACACGACCUUACAGGAAAAUAGCUCUGCUUGAAGAGCGUGGGCCACCCUGCCUGUUUAUUGUCAAGGAGUUCAAUCUGGUAAGGGUCUCUGUGCAGUCUGCCCUACACCCAGUCUGGAUGGAUAUUCAUGAAAAUAAAGAACUGGAAACAAUCCCAAGAAAACAAAACAUUCGUGGCUGCUUUCUUGCCUGAAGUUUUGGGUUUCUGAAGAGGCAUAAUAACCACUCCAGGGAGGUUAACUGUUUAGAGUUCAGGGAAAACUGCAGGAUGUCAACCUGCAACCCCACACAUCUGGCUUGUCAUCAGUUUAGAGCCAAGCUUUUGAGUUGUUCAGAAGGAAAGCAAGCUGCCAGUUGGAAGGGGAGCUCAAGCCAAUCAAGGGAGCUGUGUAGCACCUUAGACUUCACCAUGCUGAACUUUUCCUCUUGUAAGACAAUGGGUUGAAAUAAUGAACAAUAAAAAUGUGCCUCUGCCAAAA